UUUGCCGCCGACGGACGUGAAUUCGAACCGCCGACUUAGGCAUAUAACAUAUAACGCAUAUUGUGCAAGUCGCACGCGACUAUAUAAUCGCCAAAGUAUUGGUUAAUUAUACCCAACACGACAACUACUAAGUGAACUACAGAUGUGUGCAUAAAUCAAUGUCCGCUCUAAACAGGCGGCUGCAGUGCCAAUAAAAAAUAAAAAAAUAAAUAUAUAUAAUAUAUAUCUGAAGCUUGCUGGAGCAACUUUUGUUUUUGUUUUCAAUUUCUUCAUCCAUUUUUGGCGCGCCUUUUGUGAGUGAACCGCGCGCGAUAAGUCGUACAAACAAAUAAACAAAAAAAAAAAAUAACAAGGGAGUUAUAAAAAAUCAAAUUUAAUCAAUUACACGUGCUGACACAAAGAGAUAAUUCCAUUAUUGUCUCGCAGAGUGCAUGCGGAUCGAGCAACGAAAUUCAAUCAGAAAGUAAUAAAAUUGUUUUGCAGCUUACCACUCCACAAAAGGCAAUCAACAGUGAAAUCCAAUGUUUAAGGAGGCGUCUUUUAGCGAUUUACAGGAAAUUAUCAAUGCCAGCAUGGAGUUGAACGAUGGCGCCACCGGAGGAGGCAGAGUGGGGGGAACUGGAGGCGGGGGUGCUGCACAGCACAUAUUAUCGCAAUCGACUUCCUUGCCGGUAAUGCCCUCCCAUCUGCCGCUCCACCUGCAAAACCAGAAUCAAAAUAUGAAUCAGAAUCUGCCCAAGCCAAGUGCUAAAAGUGGACCUUACCUACGUAUCGUGGAGGAGCCAACGAACAAUAUAAUCCGAUUUCGCUACAAGUGCGAGGGUCGUACCGCCGGUUCCAUUCCGGGCAUGAACUCCAGUCCGGAAACGGGCAAAACCUUUCCCACCAUCGAGGUCUGCAACUACGACGGCCCUGUCGUCAUAGUGGUGUCCUGUGUGACCAUCGACGAACCCUAUCGCCAACAUCCCCACUGGCUGGUCAGCAAGGAGGAGGCGGAUGCCUGCAAGUCGGGCAUUUACCAGAAGAAAUUGCCGCCAGAGGAGCGAAGACUGGUGCUCCAGAAAGUGGGCAUACAGUGCGCCAAGAAGCUGGAAAUGCGCGAUUCGCUGGUGGAAAGAGAGAAAAGGAACGUCGAUCCCUUUAACGCCAAAUUCGAUCACAAAGACCAGGUCGACAAGAUCAAUCGGUACGAGUUGCGCCUUUGCUACCAGGCAUUCAUCACGGUGGGUAACUCCAAAGUGCCCCUGGACCCCAUCGUAUCCUCGCCGAUUUACGGCAAGAGCAACGAGCUGACCAUCACCCGGCUGUGCAGCUGCUCGGCCCAAGCCACCGGUGGAAGCGAGAUCAUCAUGCUGUGCGAAAAGAUCGCCAAGGACGACAUCGAGGUGCGAUUCUACGAGACGGACAGGGACGGACGGGAGACGUGGUUUGCCAACGCGGAGUUCCUGCCCACGGACGUGUUCAAGCAGAUGGCCAUCACUUUUAAGACGCCUCGCUACAGGAACACCGAGAUCACGCAAAGUGUGAAUGUGGAGCUGAAGCUGGUGCGACCCUCGGAUGGAGCGACGAGUGCCCCGAUGCAGUUCGAGUACUACCCAAAUCCAGGUACGGUAACCUUUGCCCGGCUGCAGCGAAAGCUGAAGCGCCGCCAGGAGCUGGACGUCUUCCAGCAAAUACUUUCCCUUGACAGCGAAACCACCGCUACGAAAUACUCGUGUCCACCGAUGGAUCUUGAGGAGGAUAACAAUACGGUCUCAUCCGACGAUCAGCAGAGUUCGGGAACUCUAAAUGAAUUCGAGAUAGCGGUUAGGAAGCUACAAAUGCGUCAUCGGGGUGAAUCGCACGAAAUGGAUGGCAACACGGUCACUGAGUACACGGAUAACGAUAACGAACCCGACAUGGAAAUCGAGCUGGAAGUUCCGCAAUUGUUGCCCCAAUUGGCGGACGACUGCACCCAGACAUCCACGCCCAUGGAUGAGAUACUGCAGCAUCCUCAGCUGCAAUCGCGUCCCCUGACCAAUGUGGACAAAAUCACCGAGUGGAUGAAGAGCAGCGAAUUUGAGCGAACCGAUAGCUUGACUGUGGAGAACGGGGAUACCCUAUCCCUUUCGAAUAGCACGGCCCAAACGGCUUUUACCAAUGUCAGCAGCUUGACGGCCAAUACGACCAUAACGAACCAGCUGGAUGAGGAGGCCCAGGGUCUUGAGGCCAAUGGUUCUCGCAGAGAUACCCUUGAGAAUCCAGCCGUGAAGGAGCUGCCGGAUAAUGAAAAGGAACCAGAAAUGGUUUCAGCCAGUGCCCAGGCCUCUGUGGACUUGGAUGAGAACUUCGAUGAGACAGCCACAUAUACGAGUCUGAAGAUAGCCUUUAAUAAUCCCAUACAUAUAGGGCUGCCCAAAGAGAACAAACAGGGAGUCCAGAUUUAUCCAGCCACCAAUCCGUUUGGUCAGUUAGAUGAUGACGAGCUGGUGGUACUUACAAAUCCGCCAGCACCCAAGAUACAAGUGAAUGCUGCUCAGACCCCGGCCACGCCCCCCUGUUCACCGCCCCUGCCGUUGCCACCCCGAACUCCCUCACCCGUUCCGGAUCAAAGAUUACCUCCGCUGCCACCGAAACCGCAAAGGAACUCCCAGGAUCUGAGUAUUGUUAGUGAUUCUAUCUCCGUUAGCCGCUCGAGAAACGGCAGCUUGAGUUCCAAUAGGACCACACCAUCUCCCAUCAUUAUAAUGCGAACCCCCGAUCAGAGUCCCACCAAAAGGCAACCCACCCCAAGUGCUUCGCCCAAGAAGCGUCAGGGAUUCUUUUCGAGAUUCUUUUCGCGUCGUAGGAGUAGGGCGGACGACGAGGAAUCCCCGACACCCGGCGGCAGUCCCAAUAAACCGCCACCUGGUGGAUCCAAGGCCACCACACCCACCGGUAGUCGAGAGCCCAGUGUAGCCCACUUUUCUCUAGGAGAUCCCAAUCGCAGCUCCUCGCGAUCCAUGCAACCGCCCGGAAGAAACGAGGGUAGAAAUGGCAAGCCAGUUGGUCGAAGUUCAAGUAGUGUAUCGGGUAAAAGACCCGCCCACCUAGAUGCGGAUGUGAUUUACAUCCCACUGAAGGGAGGCGAUAGCGAGAACAGUUUGCUUCGACCGGAGAAUUACUCAACUGCCAGUACCCUGAGCUACGGACGACCACUGGACAGGAAGACCCUGAGCACGCUGCAACUGGCAGAUAUCCCCAUAAAUGAUGGCAACAUGGAACUGAUAGCCAUUGCCGACAGGCAGAGUAUCAAGAAUCUGUGCGAGGGCGCCUAUGGUGUGGUCCUGGAUCCCAGUGUGGAUCUCUCCGAGGCGGAACACUUUGCUCUGUACACCAGCAAAAGUCCGGAGCCGCCAUUUGGUGGGGAGAUAGAAAAUGGAGCAGCAGGUGGUUCGGCAGCGGGCGUGGUGGAUACCACGGAUUUCCUCAGUGCGGAUGAAAUAGCUCGACGGUUGGCGGAGGCAAAUGGCUUGGAGUAGAGAUGGGGUUGAUGAAAGGGUUAAGGAAAACUGAAUUGAGAGCUCAAGUUUUUUUUUUAGAUUUGCAAGACAUUUAUUCAGAGAAACCAUAUACUAUAUUAUUUUUUUUACCAAUAAAAAUGUAUUUAUCUUAAAGAGCCAUCAAAUCAGUUAACCGAAACCUUUACAUUAGUUAGUCAAAAACAACUGCACCUGCAAGAAUAUCUUUUCUAGUCGUUUUCUCUUACAGUAUUAAUUAUAAAUAUGUCACAAUUUUCUAUAUAAGAAAUCUCACCGAAUGUAAUUAAUGCUUUUCUAAUCGACCAAAUAUCCGAAUAUCUUUGUAGACCUCCUAACCCAGCACAAUCGUCGCGUGACCACAAAAACGAUUGAAAGCCUAAAGCGCAGUCUCAUG